CUUGCCCAGUGUGCCAUGCCGCGUCCUUCGCCAUGGCCAAGUCCGAGUCCGAGCCGGGCGAGCCCGGGGAGCCGGGCGAGCCGGAGCCGACGGAAGCCGAAGUCAAGCUGCAGGAGUUCACUCCGCCACCCCUCAAGAGGUCCUUGGACACAGGCUAUGCAGGUGCCGUGACGCCAUUUCCACGACCAGCGCCGCCACAAGAGGCAGUGGAGCACAUGAGACUGGUGGAAGGAGAAACUUCUUUGAGCAUCCUCUGUUGUGGAGAUUUGUGCGGCCAAGUGGACCUGCUACAUAGCAAGUUGCUGGAAUUGAGGCCGGGUGAGGUGGACUUCGUCCUGGCCGUGGGAUGUUUCUUUCCACCGCACGAACACAUCGGUCGCCUGGGUCUCUAUGUGGGUCGGGAAAGUCGCAAGCUGCCAGUCCCGGUCUAUUUCAUUGAUAACAAUUCGGAAGUCUUCAUUGGCAAAGUGGAAGAAACCAGGCGCCCUAUCCUUUUGCAGGAGAAUUUGAGUUUCCUGGGCUCCUGUGGCAUCGCUGAGAUCCAGGGAUUGAAUGUGGCCUUCCUCUCCGGACGCUUUGAUCCCGUGACCUACAAAGACAAGUGGGGCCGUGGCCUUUUCACCGGCUCCAACUACACCGAAGCGGUCAUUGAGCGCCUGGAGAAGGACGCCCGAAAGCUGGCUCAACGAGGUGAACGUGUGGAUCUAUUGCUCACCUGCGAGUGGCCGGAUCGUAUUUGGUCCCCUGAGAAGCGGAAGUGGCUGAAGACCAUGGUUCAUCCUGACUCGGCGAGCCCUGCUGUGUCGCGGCUUGUGGCAAGACUGCGGCCGCAGUACCACAUUUUCGGAACGGCCGAUCGUUUCAGCUUCAUCCGUGGAAGCACCAAGUCCUUGGCCCUGGCCAAUGCCAGAGACAUGCGUUUCUACGAGACGGAGGAGGAGCUGAGAAAGUGGAGUCAAACGCUACAGAUCCGGCCCUUCGGACGUCGGAAUCUCUCCGGGGUCAUCGAUGUGGAGGAAGUGGAGAUCAUCCCUUGUGACAGCAAGAGAUUCAAGGAGGAGCCGGAGCCAGAUGCACAGCAGACAGAUGCUGCAGCAGAAGUUGAUGCUGAUGCUGAUGCGCCCAGACAGGAGUCCCCUGAGAGGGAAGCCGUGGCGGCUGAACCACCGGCCGAGACUGCUGCGCAUGAUGAUGAUCCUUGGGGCAAAUGGAAGGGAGGAGAAGAAGGCCGGGAACCAACUUCACCAAUUGAAGCUCCAGUGGAAAAAGAUGGCGGCUGA